UGGGUGCAGUUGGCCGGGAGUGAGUGGCGCGGGGGCUGGCGGGCGGGGGCGCGGCUGUCCCUCGGGAGCCGCAGUGGGACGGGGCGCAGGAUGGCCGUGUUCUAACUGGGAUCCUCGCUGACGUGUGGCCGCCGGCUCCUUGGCAGCUUUUUGGACCAGUACGCAGAGGGGAAACUGACGCUGACGAGCCUUUUGCAUCUUGGAAGGGACUGCAAUCUACUGUAGUGAAGAACAGAACCUCUCAAUCACACGGUGUAAAUAAGAGACGGAGGGGAGUCCAAAAGAAAAGGAAGAGGAGGGGAAAAGUGUGUGUCGGGGGAGCGGGGAAAAGCAUUUUUGGUGGAUGGUAUGAAGCCAGCCAUGGAAACUGCAGCCGAGGAACAUACUGAACAAAGCCAAGAGAGAAAAGGCUGCUUCGAAUGCUGCAUCAAGUGUCUGGGAGGAGUCCCCUAUGCCUCUCUUGUGGCCACCAUCCUCUGCUUCUCUGGGGUCACCUUGUUCUGUGGCUGUGGACAUGUGGCCCUUGCAGGCACUGUGGCAAUUCUUGAACAACACUUCGCCACCAACACCAGUGACCAUGCCUUGUUCAGCGAGGUAAUACAACUGAUGCAGUAUAUCAUCUACGGGAUUGCAUCCUUUUUUUUCUUGUAUGGAAUCAUUCUGUUGGCAGAAGGCUUCUAUAUCACAAAUACAGUGAAGGAGCUGCAUGGCAAGUUUAAAACAAGUGUCUGUGGCCGAUGCAUCAGUGGAAUGUUCGUGUUCCUCACCUACGUGCUGGGAGUGGCCUGGCUGGGAGUGUUUGGUUUCUCCACCGUUCCCGUGUUUAUGUUCUACAACAUUUGGUCAACUUGUGAGGUCAUCAAAUCCCAGAUCAAUGGCACAACAGCUGUGGAGCAGAUCUGCGUGGAUAUCCAACAAUACGGUAUCAUUCCUUGGAAUGCUUUUCCAGGAAAAAUAUGUGGCUCUGCUCUUGAGAACAUCUGCAACACCAAUGAGCUCUACAUGUCCUAUCACCUGUUCAUUGUGGCCUGCGCCGGAGCUGGUGCCACCGUCAUUGCCCUGCUGAUCUACAUGAUGGCUACUACCUAUAACUAUGCCGUCUUGAAGUUUAAGAGUCGGGAAGAUUGCUGCACUAAAUUCUAAAUUGCUUAAGGCCAACAAGGAGCUGUAGGGGGCUCUCCUCAGUAGCUUGAAAUUCCCUGAUGCUCCAGACUAAAGCCGAAUCUAGGUUGCUGCAGUUUGGUAACAGUAAUCUGUAAAUAGCUUUUGUCCACUCAUUUUGCAUUGUAGAUUAAUUAGAUGCCUUACCCUGAGUGAAUUACAAAAUGAUGAGAUCUGGCUUUUUACACGUUGUGAAAAGGAUUCAGUUAUGUACCGACCUUGGUCAGCAUCUGUUAAAGAGUAAUUUUCUUAAACUUAAAAGUCAAGCAGUAGUCUAAAUGAAGUAUUAAAACUUUGUAAUACCUGCCUUUUCCAUUAUUUUUGCUUGUUUAGCAACUAGUUUCAGUGACAAAAAAACGAAGUGUUAAGGAUGAAAUAGAAAGGGAAUAGUUUUAAUCUGCAUUUUGUUUUAUCAGAUUCUUUUUCUGCAAAGCAUUUUGCAAAUAUAUUUUGCUUUAAAAUACUUUAUGAUCGUAUGCCUCAUUAUUAUAACAAAUACUCCUAAAAGGUCAGAUGAGAAUUUGAAAGAAAAAAGCAUAAAUAUGUUUCCUUCAAAAACAGAAUUAAUUCAUAUGUGAUUUUGGGGGGCAUAAUCCUGUGAUUCCUUUUACAGUCCCAAAACUGGUAACUUUAAAUUGGUAUGUUUAAUGAAACAUGCCUCCUCAGUAGUCUAUUCCCAAGCUGUAUACAUCUUAAUAGAAAGAUAAAUUGUUCUGAAAGUUUCAAGAUGUCAAAAAGUAAACAUGAAAUAUAAGAUACAUGAGGUACAUAUUUCGUUUUUAAUAAAAUAAACAUGAAUGAAAUGUUUGCCACACCAACUAUAAACAAUCAUAAUAAGGAUUUUUAUAUGUUGUAAAAUUAAAUAAUGUAGUUGCACUCUAAAUAUCUGUUAACACAGAGACUGCAUGCUUUGCUUAUUAAUCUUAAUUUCUUGUUUUUACAUUCAUCUAAUUUUUCCAUAUUCAAUAUGUAGUUUUUAAAUUAUUUACUCAAAAUAAACACUGUUCUUACUUUAAGUGUUUGGGGGAAAUUGGUUUUUGACCUAAGGAGAAAAUAAUCUUUGCAAUACGGUUAUUUAAAAGUAAACACAGUGUGUUUCUUAACUUCUACAUUAUUCUUUAAAAUUAUUCUUAAAAUAUAGGGUUAACUACCAAUGACUUGUGGUUUGGCUGUUCCCUGGAUUUUAAAACAUACAUGUAUAGAAAUGUCUUAAUUUUUAAAAAGCAUAUUUUUAUCAACAUCCUAUUAAGAUUGAAAAAUCCUCAAGUAUGAUACCACUUUGUUUGGUUGGUUGGUUAAUGCCUAAAAAUGUGUACUGGAUCUUUCUGUUUUUUUAAUUGGGAGAAACUCUCUUCUCUGUAGAACAGUUGUUCCAGAAUAACUUUUUUUUUUUGUUUUCCUGUUGUAUGACAGACAAAUAUUUUUUUCCAGUAGUGGCGGUCCAGUAUUCUAGAAGAGACAAUGUCUCAAAACUAAUUUUACUUUUUUAAUUCUGGUAACUAUUACUAAGAAUAUUUUAAAGUUUUGUUUAAGUAGUCUAAAAUUUUUAUGUAAAGAGCACUAAAUUUUGCUAUGUAUAAAUUUGUAUAACCCAACAGUGAAUCAGUAUUUUCUAUCAGUGCUAAGGGCUUCCUAUAGUUCUAUUCAAGUGUUGCAAUAAAUACUUGUAAAUAAUAGUCAAUACUUAUUUGUGUACAUACAUGUGUAUGCUUGUUUCAAACAUCUACUUAGGUGAAAUAGGUUGCA